AGAAGUAAUAAACAGGAAAUUAUGGAAUAUUGGAAAACUGUCGAACAAGAAAGGAGAUUAGUAGUGAAGCAAGUACGAGUAGUUAACACACAAAUCUCUGCGUUGAAUAUGUUGAAUGUUGCAACAACCGAUCAAUCAUGUCAAGUUAUUAGGCUGCUUGAAGGACAAUCAGAUACUCAAGUUCCGAAUGAUUACUUCACAGAAAUGGAACAUCAUGCAAGAUCUUCUGAUAAUAAGGAAAGAACAAAGCGCGCCAAAAUUCAUAAGUACGAACUGCAAGAAUGCGUUAUUGAAAAUUUAGAUAAUUCCGAAAAUGAUUAUAAGAUGAUGACUACCAUAGCUAUGAUGACUAUGAAACCGAUGACGAUAUUGGAGAAAAUUCACCCACAGUAUUGGUCGUUGAACAAGAUGGAGGAUGAUAAAAAGUGGCGUCUCUCUACAGGGAAGAUAGUGGAGGAUGCCCUCUACGAUUUUGCAAGUAAAUGCUCACAUGAACACUUCAUAAUCGACCCAAUCGACAAAUUAUAUGUGGAUAAUGAUGUUUUUACCAAGGAAGAAUUGAGAGAAAUCGGUGCAUACAAAAGACGUAGUUUACCGGAAAUCCCAAAUGAUCUUUUUGAUUAUUUAAUGACAUUCGCAAAGGACACAUUACAUGAGUUAAGACAUGCAAUCAAUCAACCAAUUAAAGUUAUACAAGGAGAGUUUAAUCCGAAAAAGCAUCAUGAUUACGAUUGGAUUAGAUACGUAAUGCAUACAAUUGGUGAGUCUUGUAAUAUUGCCUCUGGCUUACGGAAGAAUGUCAAUCGUACUAUACCUGGAAUCGAUAAAAUGAAAAGGCAAAAGGUUGGUCGGAAGGGUGAUCUCUUAUUGAGAACGUCAUCAGAUCUAGAGUUCGGUGGUGAAGCUGGGAAGAUUUAUAAAACUGAUAAGGGCACGAAAUGGCUUGUAGAAAGCAGGCUCAAGCUGCCGAAGUUAUUAAAGGAUAUGUUUGUACAAUUGGCGUCGGUUUUACGUAAUUUGAAAACAGUGGGUUUCGUACAUGCAGAUUGUCCUGAGGGAUACAUGUGCCAUUUAAGCCGUGGUGAUGUCUACAAAGUUGCUGAAUUCAUUACUACACACAUUACUGAAACUCUGCCACUAAUUGUAACAACUUGGAAAGCUAAG